AGAUUAAUAUAGAUCUAAAUGGCGACGUCAUUUAGUUGUUCUGCCGGGUUUGUUCUCGGCGUGGAUCUGGGCACGACAUCAGUUAAAGUCGUGCUGCUGGAUGAGCGUAAGACUGUGACAGACUGCACGAGUUUCCCCACAAACUCCGACAUCAGCUGCACCACAAACAAACAUGCUAGAGAGCAGGACCCUGCACUAAUAAUCACGGCUCUGAACCGAUGCAUGGACCAUUUACCCAAAGACAAGCUGCCAAAAGUUAAAAGCAUUGGAAUAUGUGGACAAAUGCAUGGCAUUUUGCUGUGGAAAUCGAAAACAGGUUGCGAGUGGCUGAAGGAAGAUGCUGUCACUAGAUACAUUCCCAAAGAUGCGAGUCAGCUGAUCACCUGGCAGGAUGGCAGAUGCAGCACCACUUUCCUCUCCUCUCUACCUAAACCAGACUCUCAUCUGAGUGUGGCCACUGGCUUUGGUUGUGCAACCAUCUUCUGGUAUAUGAAACACAGGCCAGAGUUCCUGUCAGACUUCACCGUGGCAGGCACCAUCCAAGACUAUGUGGUGUCCAUGCUGUGUAGCCUUGACAACUGUGUCAUGACCGGGCAAAAUGCUGCCAGCUGGGGCUACUUCAACACAACCACAAACCAAUGGAACAAACAUAUUCUAAAGGAGGCUGGUUUUCCUGUGCAUCUCUUGCCUGUAGUGGUGGAGUCAGGAGCUGUCGCUGGUCACACAUCUUUUGAAUGGUGUGGCAUCCCUGCUCAAACACCUGUAAGUGCAGCGCUGGGAGACUUCCAGUGUAGUGUAUACUCCUGCAUGGCUGACACUGGAGAUGCAGUUCUAAACAUGAGCACUUCAGCCCAGUUGACGUUUGCCAUGCCUGCAGAGUUCUGCCCUCCGAGCUCUCCAGACCCACUCUCCCCUACUGCCUAUUUCCCGUACUUCCGCGGCUCUUAUCUGGCAGUGGCUGCAUCUCUUAAUGGAGGCAAUGUCAUGGCAACCUUUGCCAGAAUGCUCGGAUCAUGGAUGAAGGAAUUCGGAUUAGAAGUGAGUGAGUCUGGAAUCUACUCCCAAUUGAUCCAGUCUGGCCUGACACAUCCUAACACUGAUUUAACAGUGACCCCAACGCUCUUGGGAGAACGGCACGACCCCUCAGCCCUCGCCAGCAUCUGCCAGAUCUCGCCUUCUAACCUCUCUCUGGGUGACGUGACCCGGGCUGUGUGCAGGGGCAUUAUUCAGAACAUGGCCACUAUGAUGCCCCCUGAAAACCUACAGGCCGCAGGGGUGAAAAGGAUUAUUGGUAGUGGCAGUGCUCUGUCAUGUAACGCAGUUCUGAAACAGGAAGUGGAGGCAGUAUUUCCUUUUCCUGUAGUUUAUGGUAAAGAUGUGGACUCAGCUUUUGGAGUUGCCAUGGUGUUCAGUGAUCAAAUGUACGAAUAUACAAAAUGACAUCUUAUGAUGUGAAAUCAAAAUUUGUGGUGGAGAGAUGUUUGGCCUUUUCUGGAUAAAGAGAUGGUUGGAGACAUAUGUUUUGAUUAAACCAUGUCAUAAUAAUUUAUUGGUGAAUAAAAUGGGGGGCCAUGGCAUCAAAAAGGUUGAGGACCCUGAUCUAGAAGGCCUUUUCGACAACCUAUGAGAGAUUUGGUGGUAUUUCACUUGGCCGCAGGUAAAUUCUUUUUUGUAGAAUGUUAUAGCAUGCAUUGCAUGUGCCAUCAAACCGUAACGCACGUGUGAAUGUUAUUGCACCUCACUCUGCAUACAGGAAACCAUGCAAGCUAAGAAAGCACAAGUUGCUCAAUAGUACCGCCACAGUCUCACUUUCAUGGUGCAGUUAAUAGCUGGGUGUGUGAGAUGUACCUCUUAACAUAACAGAACAAGGGAUAAACAUGUGUUCCAGGACAUCAUUUAUGUGAAAGUUGUUUAGCAAAGUUAACAUCAUGGAAAUAUAAUCUGACCGGAUGAAAGUGAAAUGUAUUUCUAAAAGGCGCAUUAAGACUUUUGGGGCUUAAAUGGGCACUCAGGCUGUUGUCUGGUGUAAAUGGGGUAGUUGUUUACUGAUUGUAAACGGGUGGAGUCACAGCAAAACAUGUAAUAUCACACUCUAAAAAUCAAUACAACCCGCCUUUCUCGAGGACCUUGAGUGGUCUAAAAACAUCUUGCUUUCUCUUCCUCUCUGAGGGAGAGAGAGAGCGGUAUCGCUUAAAUCAUCUAUGUUGUUCAGCCUCUAAAAUUGGAUACUUCAUAUAAUCAGAAACUACCAAAAUCUAUCCAUAAAUUGAUUGGUGAGUAGAUCUGAUCAUUUUGAUGUGUACUUCUGAUAAUGUAAGGCUCUAAAAUAAAAAUUCUGUAUUUAAGUUCUUUUACAUUUUAGUCCAGUGAGUCAUUACAAUACUUUAGGAUGGCAGACAAAAAGACAGAUUUGUUUCUUUACAGUUAUUUAGACUUUGAGUUUCAGUCUUUUUUUUUAGUGGACGUGUACUCGAUCUGGUAAAUAUUUUCUCAGAUCGUUUUUUAAAAUCUGACAACGAUGAUUUAAAAUAUGGUGGAUCUGUACAUCUGUGUGGCGGAGGAGUAUAACGGAGUCUGUGUAAUGUUGCUUUAUGUGUGAUGUAAUGACACAUAAAGCAACACGAUAUUCAUGUCUGUACAAUGCCUUAGCAAGCAGCAUAUUUACAGGCAAAAUUGUAUGUUAAUUGCUGUUCUGUUGAAACUAUUGCAAAGCAUCCAUCGGGUGCGACCAUAUAGCUUGAAAGUGAUAUUGAUAAUUCGGUUGGCAAAGGUUUAUAAAAUCCUGCAACACCUUGGUUCGUCUUUUAUAUCACUUGUACACUUUACGUAUUUGCUUCUACCAUACCUUAUCAAAUUUGUAUCGUAUCUCUUAGGUAUUGAGAUGUUUUUUUAUGAGGUUUAAUAACUGGUUUAUUAUGGCUAUAUAAAGAACCUGAAAAUAGAUUUGCAUAUUCUUUGGUACUGUCACUUCCUGUUACUGAGUCACAAGACAAGUGUUAUGAUUCAUUUCAGUAGAGAACCUACUUGCACAAAAAAAUGAUAAAAUAAGUGCAUAUAUGUCAAAUGUCAAGUUGGCUUAUAAAGUAUUUUUUUCCUUCUAUGUUCAAACAAAUUGUUUCAUUGUGAACAAACUGUAAAAUAAACCUUUAAAA